GGACCGUCCUUCUGACGUCAUCGCGCACAACGUGCACCGCAGAGGCAUCAUGGCUUUGAAUGGAGAUGACGAAGACUUUGAGUGGGAACCUCCUACCGAGGCAGAGAUGAAGGUGAUCCAGGCCCGCAGGGAACGACAAGAUAAAAUCAGUAAACUGAUGGGAGACUAUCUGCUGAAAGGAUACAAGAUGCUGGGAGAUUGUUGUGAUACUUGCGGGACAAUACUUCUGCAGGACAGACAGCAGAAGAACUACUGUGUGUCAUGUCAGGAGCUGGACUCUGAUGUUGACAAAGACAACCCUGCUCUAAAUGCACAGGCAGCUCUGUCUCAGGUGAGAGAGAGACAACUGGCCUCCCAGUCCCCUGCAUCCUCCCAAUCUGCUGAACUAAAUGGAGGUCCAAGCAGCAGCCACAUAGGAGUAUCAGUUCCUCAGCCCCGACCAGAGCACUGUGAGGGAGCUGCAGCAGGGGGGAGAGCCCCCCUCCCUCCACCCGCUGUCCCUUCAACCUCAGCUCCUCCCCCUCCUACAGUCCUCGCACCCACUCGCCCACCUGUGUGUCCACAGACCACUGUUCUCCAACCGGUGCUGCAAGAGGCUGAGGAUGCCGUUCUAACGAAACUUCGCUGGGCCACCAACCAGCUACAGAGUUCAGCCUCUCUGGAGGCCAGUAUCCAGCUUUGCAGCCUCAUUUCCAGCUGUGCCAACUCGCUGCGCAGCCUCAAGGAGCUCAGCCAGUAGCCUCAGUGGAUCGGCUGAAACAAUGGAUUGAUGGGAACGCUGUUUCUACCUGCCUCUGUCUUGGAAUAGUGACUCUGGUCAAUUUUUUUUUACUUCACUGUGAAUGAGCUGAAUUUAAAAUUGGUUUGAAAAUGCAAGUGAAGUAGGAUUAAAAUGCCAAAAGUGCACAGUUUGCUCUUGAUUUAACAUGCCUAAAAGACUGAUGGAAUAUGUUACAGGGUUUCAGUAUACAUAUUUAAAAACAUUUUCUUGCUUUUGUUCCUGUAACAUUGAUGUAAUGUUGAACAUUGUCCAUCUGGCCAUCAGUAAACUUUGAUUAUAACCUAUUUAUUUUACAGUACAAAAAUAGACAACAUAUUUCUAUAUAUCUACCUUUCCCAAUCUUAAAAAAACAGCUUGGGAACACUAAAAAGUGUUUCCAAGCUGUUUUUAUUCGGUCGUCAUAUGUCAGAGCGAAAUAUGUGAGAAUGCUAUGAUACACGUUGACUUCAACAAACCCAUGAGAACUAUAGAAAAUAGACAAAAAUGACAGAAAACACAAGAUGAAAUCAACAUGUUAAAAAGUUACAUAAAUGAUGUAAAAAAGAAAUAAAAUGCACCAAAAUCAAAGCAAAGUAAAAGACAUCAUCCAUGAUGUACUUUUGUAAAUUGGGGUUCCAAUGGAACAUAACCUUUAUCUUUUGGGUCUCAAACUGAAAAAGCCUGGGAACCACCGCCAUAGAUAAUUGUAUUUUGUUCAUUUAUAUUCCAAAACUCAGUUCAUUUUAAAGCAUUCGAGGACAGUAUAAUAUGGCUAAGGUCUAAAUCCAGCUGUUUCAGAUGGUAAAAAACUCCUCAAUGUGAGUAAAUUGUGACCUUAACUCGUUAAAUUGUAGAUUUGUCUUAUAAAGAUGGAGACAGACACAAGUAAACAAACUGUUUUGGGUGUGAUCUGUUUUCUGAUUGGCUGUUCAGUAUUGUUUCAAAACUAACGGGUCACAAAAUUAUAAAAGAGUGUGAAAGAUGUUUAGAUAUAUUCCUCAUUCAUGUUUGUGCAUUUGUUCACAGAAACAGGAAUGUCUGUUCAGAAAUACAGUUUAUUAGACUGGUUUCAACUAUAUGUCCUAUAGUUACAAUCAGCACAACGGCCUUCAUGUCUGCAUUUUUGUCUUUUCUGUUCUGGUUGUUUUCUGUUCCAGACCCUGAAGAUGCAGUCCCUGGUUUUAUUGUAAAUACAUAGCAUGCAUGUUUUAUAUGUAUGCAUGAGGGCUUACUGUGAUGGUCAUGGGUUUCAGUGAUGCUGAGAUGAGACGAGGCAACACUCAGGAGUCAGACUCAUUCCUUAUUCAUUAAGAAAAUCUAGAGCAAACAAACUGUGCACUGUAUGUUAAUAGACAGCACUUGAUGCUGGAAAAACACCUUAUGAAAUUGUUAUACAGGGCACUAAGAAUUUUCUAAUAAUGAAGCAGAAUAAAGCUUUGCCUGUUCAGAA